GUCAGUCCAUCCAGCAGGCAGUUCAGGAACCAGGUAUGUUCUACAUGCUUCUCGUUUGGAUUAAAUUAGAUGUAUUAUUGGACCCGGAGCACGCAGCACAGCCAUCAUUCAGUGGGCUAUUUUGUUUUCUUUUGGACGCUGGAACAGAGAAGAGUCUCAGAGCAGCGAUGUUACUCAUCUAAAGGAGAUGUAAGGAGAAGGGCAUGGGCGUCACAGAGAACCACACUGCCAUGGAUGAGGCCCGAGACUGGUCAGCUGAGCUACAUUUCUGAAAGAAUGAGAAGAAGCCAGUUACCAUCCCGUGAGGUUUCUCCUGUUCCAUCCUACUACUCGGAACCAGUUUCAGUCCAACAGCGCAAGGAUGUGACUAUCAGACUGCCCCCUCUCAUCAGAGGGGCUCGUCAGGAGGAAGAGGAGGAUGAAGAGGAUACUCAGAGUUUAAAGAGCCUGCCCACUGUGAAGAGCAUAUUAGCUUUUGACUCAAAAGUCAAAAGGUCACACAGACACCCGAAGGAACAAGUCAUCUAUGGCAUCAACCUGCCACCUCUCAUCACUUCCAAAUGCACCCUGUUGGUCAAAGGUACUGGAUGCACUAGAGCCAGGGGUUUUCUACCAGCCAUCACAUCCAGAAGUCUGGAGAGGCCACCAUGCCGAGCUGGACGCAGGCCAGAUAAACCAGAAAGUUGUGCAACUCAGCAGGUCCACACAAUGGACCACCCUCAGAAUGCACCUAUAGGUGAAAGCCAUUUUUCUGAAAAGACACUGAACAUAAGAGGAGGCUCUCUCCCUGAGGUGCAGCCUGGACCCCACAUCACCUUCCACAGUCCAGUGGUACAGGCCAUACAUCCCAUCACUCCUGACACUGCAAAACAGACAAGGCAAACCACAAGAACUCACCAGCCUCUGAGGCCUGUGCUGAAAAAGGCCCAGGUGACCAACAGAAGAGCUUUUCACUUCCUGUUGGAAGACAGCUACAUCCCCUGUCCAGGUGAGCCACACCUGUUGGAGCCGCUGUCUGAUUUUCAGGAGCACCUGUGUCGCCAGAUCCUCAACUCCCCCCUGCCCUGCCACACAACACUGCCACAAGUCCACUCCCAUUUCCACUUGCACCAGAGGGACUGUCCACACCCGGGUCUGUACAACUCCACAGUUGGACGCACUGUGGAGCUCUGCAACUCAAAGGGUAAACGACUACCCAAAAUCACCAUGACCUGUCCAACACCUACUCCCAAACACAUACACCACACAGAAAAGAGGCACGUGGCUUGAUUACUUCAUUUUCCCCUUAACCCAAAAUGUGGUUUAUUAUCCCAGAUCAUUUUCCAUGUCCAUAGUCAUCUUCUUUAGUUUUUUACUGGAGCGACAAGGCUAAUCUAGCUAACAAGUAAUGGAAACUUAUGUACAACAGUUAAUACUGUGUAAAACUACAUAUAUAAAUCAUCACACACUUGCCACAAACUGCUUCAAGCUGCUAAAUAAUCUCGUACUUACUUAUAUGGUUCCUGACACUGUAUGACCUAUAAAAAGCUGUAGAAGUCACCAAGAAGCCUGCAUUUUGUCCAUACUUUUGUCCUUUUUUUCAAUAGUAGUACGUCGACUCAAGGCAAGCAAACACUUUGGAGGUAAAAGCUUCCCUAACUUGUUGGCUAUAUUAGCAUCAUAGCUAUCUGCUAGCUACAUGGACAGCUAUGUAGACACAUGGCUAUGGGAAUACUGUGUUAUUUAAGUAUUUGGCUAUAAGAUAGUACUGCCUCCCUUCUGUUCUGUACUCACAAAUAAAAAUGAAAAAUCUGCAUCAUAAAUGUCCCACAUCAGCCAAGACAAGUUUGGUGUCUAAAGUUUCCUUUUUUUCAUUUUACCUUAAAGCAAAAGCGUCAAACUCGACUACUAAAAGGGCCACAUUAACCUUUUUUUUUUUUUUAAACUGCCUAUUUGCUUGAACUGGACACCAGACAUCUUUUCACAGAUUGUCGUUGGAGAAAGGGGGUUAGAAUGCACAUUACAUUGCAGUGCAGGCUGGGGCCUGCCGUGCAGCUCAGAGUGAAACGUGCUGAUAAUUAUAGAAAAUGAAAAUUAUUUUCAAGGCCUAAAAGGGUUGUGCCACAGGUCUGACUUGGCCUGCAGGGUUUGGGUUUGAUACAAGGGCCCUGGAGCUACAGAACUAAUGGAGAUAAGAGCAUCAAUUAGCAUGGUGCAAACCGCAUGCCUAAAUCCUUACACACUUGCCUUAAACUGUCUAAAUCUUUAAGCAAGUAAAAAGUAGACUUGCUUAUAUGGUUUCUGAUGCUGUUCAACUACAGCAUGUCAGAUGUCAAAUUUGCUGAUCAAUUACAUUGGGGUUAAAUUAUUGUUUUUUUUCUAAACCAUUCCUUAUUUUAACAAAAAUCAAUGCUUCCUCUGUCCAGUAUUCCAGACAUUGUGUUGAGCAUCGACGAUGUGGAGAAAAUACUUGUGAAAAUGCUAAUAUUUAAAUGCACUAAAGCACUGAAACUGUUUAUCUGAAUUCAGGUCACUUAUCUGGUGCUACAAAGAGCUGAACAGCAUAGCAUUUUGUCUAAUUAAGUAAACAGACAAAGCAAUGAACAUCAUUACCCAAUUGUUGUUUAGUCAAUAAAGCUGACCUAUACUGACCUAGCCUAAAACAAAAAAGAGAGUCCAUAACUACAGCCGGCUAACAUGUCCGAGCGAUUACUGUGGAAAAGCUCAUCUUUAAUUCAGCCCCCAGGACAUCUUUUAGCCAUAUGAGUACAAGAGCCUUUGAGACUGUAGUGUGCAAAAGGAAGUCAAUGAGAGAUACAGGACGUGGGGGGAUAGGAGUGUUACAUCACGCUGUCUAAAAGGGUGUGUGGGCCUUUGGACCCUGCAGUGGAGAUUCUUCAUCUGUUUCACUUAAAAAGUCUAUAAUUGUUUUUCCCUACUUUCUCCCAGUAAAAUCAAUGCUGCUUGCUGAGUCUUGCACUGUUAGUAGCUCUUGAUCAGGGCCUGCUGUUCUAUUGAACGCUGAAUACAGUGUAUGACUGUUGAUGUCAUCAGCUGGUUGAUUUUCAUUAUGACUUUGUAAUGAUCCAGGUGCUUACUUUAAAACAAUGACUAGUUACACAUACAGUACAUUACUGCUCAUACAUCUGGUGAAUACAACAAUGUGACUUGUAUUACUUAAAUUUGAUAAAAUGGGACUUGGUGGUUUCUUUUGUUACUGUUUACACAAUGUAAGACAUGACAGACAUUCAUUAACCAGUUCUCUAUGAGUAAAUAAAAAAUACCUAACCAAUGGCUA